AUGCCCCCAUUUGUCUUUGGGGGUGGAGAAUACCAGAAAACUGAGAGCAAAUUGCAAUUUCUCCUUACCCUCAACAAGUCUUCUCCUCCCAGGCUGGCGGCCACUAAGACAGAGCCAACAGCCUGUUCCUACUUCAUGAUUAUCAAGCUUCAAGACUUUGAGGUGACGUCUGUCCUGGGGUCCCCGGUGGAAGUUCUGAAGGAGUCCGAGAAUCUGAGUGCUGUUCUGGGCCACAGUCCUCUUGGCUUCAUCCUCAGUGCUGGGCGGGUCCACUUGUGUCCCCACCACUCUGAGACAUGCUGGGCCUGAAGAUCAGUCCUGAGCCUUGUCGUCUUCUGCUAUGUCACUGCCCAGCCCAGUCUAGCUUCCAGCUUUAACUGUCAGCAGAGCUUCCAGGCUGGCGUGCUGCAGGAGGCUGCCUGUGAAGACCGGCACACAGCUGGGCCCCUGCUCCAGAAGGCCACCCUGCACACACUGGCACGCUCCUCUGUCACACUGUUGCGUGUGGUGGCCCAGGUUCCAUCUAUCACAGAUAUAGACCUCAAAGACCUGAGUCCCAGCAGCCUGCAGUAUGAGUGGGAGGAAACACUGUCCCCAGCCACUGUGGCCACAGCAGCUGUACUGGUGAGGAGGUUGUGUGCAGCUCAGUCCGCCACCUUUGAGACCUCCGAGAUAUUCCUGACGCUGGUGUCUGAGCUCCAAGGCCUUUCUGCGGAUGAGCUGAUGGAAGUCUGGAGAUGGUCUUCUUUGAGAUGCCAAGAUGAUUGGCUGAGACUCAUCGACAGACCAGAUGCUGGAGAGCGUCCGGGGCAGCUGGCACCCACUCUGUCCUCCUGCAGCACUCAGAACCGUGUGGGCCUCAGGAAGCAGCACAUCCUGGCUAGGGAGGUGUAGGCAGACCAGGCUGAGGCAUGGCUGUGGUCGCGCUUCAUCCCAAAGCCCACAGACACCAUGGUGCUCACACUGCUGCCUCUGCUGCAGUCUCCAGAGGCCAGCCCAGGGGCUUUCCUUGGCCUCUCAGCUCUGGCACCCAACCUCUCUGCUGCUCUGGGUAAGCUCUACCAACAGCUGCCUGGAGUCGGCUCGCUUGUGAGGAUUCUGGGAGAGGCUCUGGGUGUGAAGUGCAGCUUCCCAGAACCUGUGGAUGCUGGCCAGCUUCAGCUUGUGCUGAAGGCCCUGGGCAAUGCAGGUCUGUCAACAGCAGCUCUCACCCCUGUAAUGAGCACCUGCCCAUCCCUGAGGGGCAGCGCUCCUGAGAUCAGGCUGGCAGUGCUCCAGGCCCUCAGGGGGGUCCCUUGCUCUGCAGAUUGGUCAGUUCUCUUGCACCUGUACCAAGCCCCUGAAGAGGACACAGAGCUCCGUAUCAAUGCCAACCUGGCCCUGAUGAGGUGCCCCAGUGAGGAGGUGUUUGCCCAGGUACGGAACACACAGGCAACUGAGCACUCCACCCAGGUGGGCUCCUUUGUGUGGAGCCCCAUCCUGCGACUGCUGGAGACUGAUGAUCCCCUGAAACAUGAGGACAUCCUCAGUCAGCAGAUCCAGACAGAGACCUAGACACACUCGUCUUAUUCUGAUGUCACCUUCCACUCAAGUAGAGAGCUGGAGUUCGAUGAUGAAGAUUACCCUGUUCUCAAGGGCUUGUGUUGGAUUUCCAAGUGGGCAGAUGCACCCUCUCUAUCUCUAAGGAGCCUGGGAGCCAACCUGGAGAGGACCCUCUCUCCCAACUCUUUCCUCCCUUGUUCUGCCAUGGUGAACUUCACCAUCCACACUGCUGGCCGGGCCUGCAACCUGCUGGAGCUGGGACUUCAGCUGAAAAAUGCAAAAGACAUCCUCCGCAGUCUGCUGGCUCCAACCCUCUGGGGGCAGGAAAAGAAGAGAGAGGGGGAACCAGAGAUUCCCUCAGGGCCAGAGCCCAGCCAUCAGGCUGCACCAGGCCUCCCUGACUCCAGGCCUCCCCAGAUCAAGAUCAAAGGGCACACUGCUGUGGCCCAGCAGCACAGGGCAAGGCGGGCACCAAGCUGUCAGCUGAGUGUCAGAAUGUUCCGGCAUGAGCUGAGCUUCAUAGACUGCGGGCCUCUGGGAGGCCACAGGAAACGCUGGUCUCUGUGCCUGGCUGAACUCACUGUUGAGCUUCUGAAGGGACAGGUGAUCUGGAGGCUGACCCUGGCUUUGGGGGAGGUCUUCUUUCCCACGGUGUCUGGCAUUACAGCCAGGCUCAGCCUCCAAGCCUUGGCUACAGUCAGCAUCCGGGUCCAAGGAGUGGCUGACUUCCAACAACUCUCAGACCUCUCCCUGAGGGGUUACUUCAAGCCCAGUAACAGACUUCUUCAAGUCUUGGCUCAGAUGGGCACUGCUGGAACCCUGGGGCAGACUGGGCUGAGAUGGUUGACCCGUGCCCAUGGCACCACUAGCCUAGAUGGCAGUAUCCAAGAAGGUCAGGACCUCAAAGUACAUCUGAAUGCCCCAGAGGAUUCAGGGGAGCUACUCAGCUUUAGUUCCAGGCUGUAUCUUGUCACUGGUGACAGUGUGAAGAGUGUAAGUGACAGUCACAACCUCUCUGAGUCCCAUUCCUGUACCAGUGAGGAAGUGUCCCACAUCUGGGGUUGGAACUGUACUAGCGUGGCCUGGCCAGGGCCUGGUCAGCCCUCUCUGUCCUCAGUGCCUGUGUUCAUGGACUUGAUUCUGAAGAAGCAGGACCCAGGACUUCAGCCAUACCUGCUAGAGACUGCCUACACCCUGCACUUCAAGAAGGGGAGCUGGCUCCCUGAAGAAGCCACAGCCCACCUCUUCAUAAGUACCCCCAAGUCAGAAGUAGCCAGGAACGUUGGGGUGGACAUCAGCCACAAUGUUCCCCAGAGAAAGUGCUGAUUCCUACACCCCAAAAAGAAAAUUCAGCUGGACGGUAAGAUGGAGGUUCUCAAGAGUGCACUCGUGGGCCAUCUGGAGCUGGUUCUUGAUGACAGGGAUGUCUAUCACAUCAGGGUUUGCUUCAUAUUCUUGGCACAGCUGUGUCAGCCCUACCCCUGCCCAGGUCUCCGUGCCCCUGCUGGUGUCCUGGCCAACAAAGCUCUCUCGGCCCCUGCCCCAAUGUUAAAGACAUUGAUGUGUGGAGUCAAUAAGAAGAGGACCAGCACCCACAUCCAGGAACGCACAACUGCCAGUAACUGCAGUUCCAGGGGACCCAACACCCUCUUUGGGCUUCUGUGGGAACCUGAAUACGAUGCUGGGACUUUUUCAGGGCCAGAGUCUGGAAACAAGACCCAGCGGUUUGAGGCCCAGGUAAAGUUGGCAACAGCAGGCAGACCUAUAGUCCUUGCUGGGAACAUCCAGGCCUCCAUCUGCCGAGAUGACACAGGAGAAGCAGGGGUUGGCUCUCGGAGCCCGCAAGUGUUGCUGGAGAAGAAGGCAGAGACUGGGUUGCAGGAGACCAUCUUGGGGGUCCAGCUGCAGGUCCCGGGUGUGGUAGAACUCCACAUAGAGGGCCUCCUGGGACAGUCCGCUGCAGCACAGAGCCUGGACCACCUGCGCGGGCAGCUGGAGGCCAGCUACGAACGGUGGGCGGAGAGUGGUAACCAGAGAUUCCUGCGCAUCAGCCAGCCCUUCAGGAAUGACUCAGGACCAGCACUCCACACCCACUUACUGGAGGCUAAGAACAGUGAGGUCAGCGCUACAGUAAAAGACAACCAGGAAGUCGUUCUGCAUCUGAAGGGUUUACACCAGGGCAGCUCUCAGGAUGGAGGGAUCCAGCACAGCAUGACCAUGGACGCCACUCAUUCCAACCAGGUGAGCGCCCCUAGGCUAGGAGCAUUUGACUUCACUGUAGAUGCACAAGCUGCUAUCAGUCACAAUGCCACAUCCCAGGGAAAGCCAGAGUACUUUGGAAAGGACUUUUUGGACACAGGCGUCCCGCGGGUGCAGGCUGCCACAGGAUUUCACAAGGAACACAGAGAGGACAUGUCCCUGCCUAUGCAUGUGUCUGGUCACACACUGCUUCUGCUAGAGGUGGGCACUAACAAGCAAAUUAGAAAGAGCCACAGGGGCUGGAACAUGAGGCUCUCCCUCCACCAGGCUAUCCUCAGCAGCCCCAGAGCCCUUCAGCUACAGCCGCCCUCCAAGGUGACCCCAGCAAGGCUACAGCUGUUUUCCAGGGUGAUGCUGGACCAAGACGCAGCUCAACUGCUCCUCAAGGCAUCUGAGGAGAGACGAGGAGGCUGUCUGGGGCUGUGGACCCCUACACAGCACUCAGUAGCUGGCUGGAUGAAACUGCCCCAGGUCCUGAGGCUCAGGGGUGUGCUAAAGCAGAAGAGGGCACUCCGAGAAGGUUCUGUGAGGGUGGCCACUGACUGGACCAUGCUGAGCUUCCUUCUGCAGGACGUGCAUGAGGAGACAGGGAGCAGCAGCUUGCACACCGUGGCCUGCAUCCUCACUCAGAACUGUAAGCAUGUGGAUUUCUACGUCUAUUUCCUCAUCCACAAAGUCCCUGUGGAUGUUCGUGAUAAUGAGGCCAGCUUCGAGCACUCCACACAUAUCUCGGCUGGCCCUAUAUCCACCAACUAUUCUGUGAACAACGGACUCACGGAAGGUGGACUGGAGCUGUAGGGGCACAGUCAGCACAACACUGAGGCCCUGUUGCAGGCUGGAGUCCCUGGUGAGGUUAACCUGCGAGGUGAACUACAGGUGCAUGAGUCUGUUGCAUUGCUGGCCCGGGAGGAAGGUUCGAGUUCUCACAGCUCUUGUCUCUGGGCCCGAGUUGACCUCCGUGGCAGGAUCAACGAGGUCAGCGUGGAUGUGACAGCCCUCACGGCUCAGCUGCCGAGUGGCACACUGGAGGCAGCAGUGAACACCGGCCACAGUGCAUGCUUUCCAGGGCCUGGGUCUGCCCUUCAACAGCCAGAGCAGAUGCUUGUCCGUGCCCUCAGCCUCAUGUGUGAAACAGAGAUGGUAAUGUCCGGUGUGGAGCUGUGUUCUGAGAACUGGACCUUGGAAGACAUGAGUUCCUCCCUGAAACUCACUUUUGACACCCAAGAUAUGGUGGUCCUCCGUGUCCAUGGCCAGAACCAUGCCAACAGGUGGAACCACAACUACAUCCCGGUCUUGAACCAGUAUCUGCAAGUCAAUGCCCAAGAGCAUAGGGUUGUUGCCAAUCUCCGGUGCUCCAAGGGUGAGACCAAAAGCAGCUUUGUCCUAGAGCACCAUUUCCACAUCAGUACCAGCCCGCUGGCUGCUGAGGACAGCCUAGCCAAUGUCAUCCAGAUGCAGCAGACCUUCUCCCAGCUCAGCACUCUUCCCACAGAGCUGGUCCUGAGGACUGUGAUCCAGAAAGCACAAGGCAACCUCAUCCUGUACCAGGAGGUGCUGUGGGGUGGCAGGGAGGUGACCCUCAACGGGGGCCUCUCUGGUUACUGCCACCCUCUUACCAUGUCCCCCACGGUGGAGCUUGCCCACCAGCUGUCUCUGUUCCUGCCACGAUGCUGCAGCCCCCGCCUGUCCUUGGAAUACUCUAGAGACAGCCACCAGGGCAACCUGGCUGUAACCUGGGACAAUAAAGACCAGCUCCAAGGGACCUGGAACCUGGGCCCACCAAAGGCCUGUGCCCUGACUAAGACCCUGGUCAUGUUCAGUGAGCAGUUUGAUCUCUCCUGGGGCCAACACCUGCUGCAGCAGAAUGUGACCUAUGAGGCCUUCUCCUUCUCUGGGGAGCACAGUCUGGACCAGGGUGCACUCCUGAUGCGUUCUCAAUACACAACCACAGUUGAUCUAAGGCAUCGGACUUCUCUGGGCAUCUGGAGGUUCAUCUCCAAUUUCUCUAGUCCUAGGGCUCAGCAGCUCAGUUUGCUGGGCUGCAUCUCUACCUCGGUCCAAAGCCUGGUCCAGCUGGAAGGAAGCAUGGAGGUGCAGAAACUAAGACUGUUGGUGUCCCGGGCCCUGUGCUGUCUUCAGGCUUCUGCUGCCCAUGGGGAAGAUAAGGGCAAGGUGACAGUCACCAAGUGCAAGAGCGAGCAGCCUGUCCAGACACUGGGGGGCCUGACCAUUCAGGCAGCUGACCGGAGCCUCCUCCUAGAGGCACAUGGCUGUCAGGGGGCCCUACUGAGCCAUCUGGAGUCCAGGAUGACAGCAAUUGGCUCCCAGGUGCAGGCCUGGCUGGAAGAGAAGCUCUGUCACAUAGAAGACUAUGUGAGAGACAUUCAGACCCUGGUGGGUAGCCUGGAAGCAUGUACCGCCGGUGGGCACUCUGGACAGUGUGGCAAAUUGUCUGUUACUAUUGACUCAGGCUGUGCCAGGCACUGUCCAGGCAGAGCCUUGGCCACGCUGAAGGAGGUCUACUUGGAGGUGAUGCUACGGCCUCUAGAUGAGGUGUGGCAAGAACGAGCUGAGGAGGCCAGGCAGUGGCUGCAGGUCUGGCUGCUCAGGCUGCCAGGGAGUUGGAGGCUAAGGCCCAUCCAGGACCUGGGAGCUGUGAUGGAUACCCUGGAGCUGGUCAUCCACCAUACACUGUCCUGGGCUGAGGCUGAGGCUUCCCCGGUCCUGAAGCCGCUCUGCAAACCCUUGUUGACCACAUACUCUCAUGCAGCCGAGGAAGUGGUGCUGAGACUGAUGGGUCCCAUGGUCCUGCUACAUGCAGGCCCAGAUCAUGCUGUGGUGGCCCGUGCCAGGUACAUGGUGACCUCUGAUGGGCAGGUGUGGGGCCUGAGUCCCUGCUGUGGCAGAUCCCUGCUAGCCAAGGACUUCUCUCACGACCGACCGCUCUCUCUGAUGCUGAGCCACACAAGCCCAGGGCUCACAGUCCUUCAUGUGGAGCUGAGACACACAACCCUGCCUGACACUGGCCUGUGGCACCAUGGAACGUCUGCUGGCCUUCUGGGUACCAGCAAUAAUGAAGCAGGCAAUGAGCUACUGCUGUCAGGUGGCACAGAAGCUACCAGCCUGGGGGAGCUCCCCCGGGCCUGGCAGGUGGUGAGAACUGUGGUACUGGGAGGGGAUACAGCAGCCGUGCUCAGGACGGGGCACCACCUUUCAGGCCUGGAAGACCCCUGGUCCAGCCUGGGGAGCUGCUUCCAAGUGGUCCAAGCACCUGUGACCCUAGGGAGCGCUGGUCUGCCUGCCAGCUGGUGGCUGCCUACACCCACCUGUGUGCCCAGGACUCUGUGCCCUUGGUCCUUCCUCUGCGGUGUGGAAUGA